CCGCUAGCGCUCCUGUGACUAGGUGGGGUGGGGGAGACAAGUGGUCCAUACUGUAGCUGUGAAGGCUGAAGGUGGCCGCUCCUCCUGCCCCCUCCACUCACACCAUGUCUUCUUCAAUGGGGCCCAGAGGCCCCCGGCCACCCCUAGUGCCUCCCCCAAUGUCCGAUCUGCCCGAUCUCAGCCACCUGACCGAGGACGAGAGGAACACGAUCAUGGCAGUGAUGAACCGACAGAAGGAGGAGGAGGAGAAGGAAGAGGCCAUGCUCAAGAGGCUACAUCAACAGUUUGAAAGCUAUAAAGAACAAAUCAAAAAAAUCGGAGAGGACACCCAUCGGUACCCUGGAGAACACAAGGAUGAUGCACCAACAUGUGGGAUCUGUCACAAAACCAAGUUUGCCGAUGGCUGCGGGCAUUUAUGCUCUUACUGUCGAACAAAAUUUUGUGCCCGUUGUGGUGGUCGUGUGUCACUUCGGUCAAACAAUGAGGACAAAGUGGUUAGAAUCUUUUCUUUCUUUUAUCUUGUGUAUGAUACAAUGUUAGAGUUUAUUUCUCUAGACAUUAUGGUGCCAAAUGCGAGCCUAGAUGAAAUUCAUCAAAUGAGAAGAUCACGUUCUCCAACAAGACACCAUGAUGCCUCCCGCAGUCCAGUUAUUCAUAGGUCCAGGGACUCGGACAGUCAGUAUUUGUCGGAUCAAGAAAAUGAACUCCUUAUGUUGCCCAGAGCAAAACGUGGACGAAGUGCUGAGUGCUUACAUACUAUCAGUGAACUACAGCCCUCCCUUGACAGGGCUCGAAGUGCUAGUACCAACUGCUUGAGACCAGAUUCUAGUUUGCAUUCACCAGAACGAGAAAGGCAGCCCAGAAAAAUGGAAAAAUCUAGCAACCAGAAACCAAACAAUAAAUGUGCUGUUUCUGAAGUAAAAAGAAACCAUCAAGUAGGAAGUCAGUCAUCUACGGGGGACUCUUCAUUUAGUCGGAGAGGAAGGCAGCUUCCACAGGUCCCUGUAAGGAGCAACAGUGUAGAACAAGAACAAGAGAGUUAUAGCUCCUCUUCAACAGCAAAUUUGUUAGUGGAAGAACGUGCAAGACAAAUGAAAAUAAAGGUUCAGCGAUAUAAGCAGACAGCUGGAUCUAGUUCCAGUCAAGAACUGGAGAGAGAGCAAUUUUCUAAAUAUAACAUGCAUAAAGAUCAAUAUCGAAGUUGUGACAACGUCUCAGCCAAAUCAUCAGAUAGUGAUGUCAGCGAUGUGUCAGCCAUUUCCCGUACCAGUAGUGCCUCACGUCUCAGCAGCACAAGCUUUAUGUCCGAGCAAUCUGAGCGUCCAAGCAGAAGGCUCUGGAUGCAAAGCAGACGGAUGGGAUAUUCAGGGAGAACCAUCACUAAGAGCACAAGUGUAAGUGGAGAAAUCUACAAGCUAGAACACAAUGAUGGAAGCCAGUCUGAUACAGCUGUGGGUACAGUUAUGACAUUUGGAAAGAAAAGAAGACCAAGUUUGAGUGCCAAAGUUGUUGCCAUAGUGUCCCGGAGAAGUAGAAGCACAUCACAGCUUAGCCAAACAGAUUCUGGCAACAAGAAAUUCAAAAGUACAAUUCAGAGAAGCACAGAGACGGGAAUGGCAGCUGAAAUGAGGAGUCGUAUGGUGCGACAGCCAAGCCGAGAGUCGACAGAUGGAAGUAUUAACAGUUACAGCUCUGAGGGAAAUUUAAUAUUUCCAGGAGUAAGAUUGGGGGUUGACAGCCAGUUCAGCGACUUCCUAGAUGGACUUGGACCUGCUCAACUAGUUGGUCGACAGACAUUAGCAACACCUGCAGUGGGUGACAUACAGAUAGGAAUGGUGGAUAAGAAAGGACAGUUAGAGGUUGAAGUAAUAAGAGCUCGAGGCCUCAUACAAAAGCAAGGCUCCAAAUCUACACCAGCUCCAUAUGUGAAAGUGUACCUUUUAGAAAAUGGAGCUUGUAUAGCCAAGAAAAAGACUAGAAUUGCACGGAAAACCCUUGAUCCUCUCUAUCAGCAGACGUUGGUAUUUGAAGAAAGCCCUCAUGGAAAGGUCCUCCAGGUGAUCGUCUGGGGAGACUAUGGCCGAAUGGAUCACAAAUCUUUUAUGGGUGUUGCACAGAUUCUCCUGGAAGACCUUGAUCUGUCCAGCGUGGUGAUCGGAUGGUACAAGUUGUUUCCACCCUCGUCCCUGGUGGAUCCAACAAUGACUCCCCUUACUCGCAGGGCUUCCCAAUCAUCUCUUGAAAGUUCAACAGGCCCUCCUUCCAUUAGGUCAUAGCAAUCUGGAAGGCAGUCUAACCUGAUGUAAUCACAAUGUUAAUGCCCAAUAAAAGAUUGCGAACGGUAUACGUAUGAUCAAAAGCAUUGCUGGAGACAGACAAUCAUUUAUUUUUUUGCCUUCAGUAAUGAUCCAAAAAAUAAAAAUAUCUGAAAAUGAGUCCUGUUGGCAGAGGAAAGCGAGAAUAUGAGUACUGUAAAAUGAAUAUACAGUUCAGCACUAUUGAAGUCACACAUGCUCAGUGGGAUAGUAAGGGUGACAAUGAAUUCAAAACUGGAAGCUUUCACUCUGUUAGAAAUGUUUGUGAUACAUUUUUACAGACCAUAAGCAGUGUUAUCAUAUUGGUAUUUCAGCAUAUUUUAUACUUGUUAAUUCCAUUUUUUUUUUUUUUUUAUACUGUGUUAACCUGCCAGUUUCAUAAAGGCAUUUGUGACAAUUCUCACAUACCAUUUUUUUUUUGUCCUUUCGUUAUUGAUUUCAUAGGAGCUGAGCAUUGCAGAAGUGAUGAUGGCUGUGGUUCCGUGUAAUAUUCCCCGCUGCCUGAAAUACUGUCAGUGACUUUGAGGAGCACUGCUAUGUAGUGCUUUCCUGUUAUUACUGACCCUGCUUGUUCAUGUAGUGCUUCACCACUGGGAACCACGGAUGUAUUUUAUGUAUUAUACUGCAUGCUGCCAUUCUAUUGGAGCACAGCAAUUGUUAGCACUACCCCCCAUUACUCUGGCCUCAGGGCUAUGGAUAAACGCAGAUGCUGCAGUGCAGCAGUCGCAUGAAGCAGACCCCUUUCGAAAUGGUCCAAGUGCAAUGAAAUGCAUCUAUGUUGUUACAUGGUGUGACUAACGCUACAGAAUAGUCAUGGAUGCAAUAGCUUUCAUUAUUUCACCCAUAAAGGAUAUGUUUAUGUUGCCAACGUUUCUCAUCCCAUAAUAAAAAUGCCAACAUGUUUGUGUUACUCCUUGUUGCGGUAUGGGAAAAUGUAGAAUGAUUGAUUGCGUAAGAUUAUUCUUUAUCAAAAAAU